AUGGGACUUAUGCGCAUCAGCGUCAUCAUAGAUGCAAUCAAUUCGGACAGAGCACCGUCUACUAUCAGAACAUACACAUCCAAAAUGGAAAAAUUCCGAAAGUGGAGGAAUGGUCCAUAUAUGCGUAAUAUUCCUACUCCACAAGCUAGGAAUCUUUACUUGGCCAAAUGUUCUGCAGAGGCUAGGUAUAAAUCGAUGCCAACCGUUAUAGCAGCGCUUAGCUACUUCUGUGGGCCGCUGCAGGGAGUGGAUAAGGAGAUUCAAGACUCUCUUCUGGAAGCAGUUAAGCGAUCGCUUCCACCCCCUCAGCAUCGUAAUAAAAUUCGGCCAGAGCAGAUGAGAAAAAUCAUCAAAGUAGGGAGCACAGAUAGCGGCCCAAAGGUCAUAUAA